ACGCAGCAAGACAAGGAGGAGCGUGUUGCAGAGUCCCAGAGAAGAAAAGGGAGGAGAGAGAAGGGGGGGGGGGGAAGAGGAAGGGAAGAGGAAUGUAGGAGAGAGAAGAGAGGGAGCGGGUAGGGGAGAAGAAGAUGAAAGGCGGGGGGGAAUCUGUUGGCGGGAGCAGCAGCGUCGGGAUCGGGUCGCCCACAUCUUCGGUUGAGAUGAUGAUGGAAAGCACUGCUGGCGCGGAUCAGCCUUUUGCUGACGUGGAGCAGGCGGUUGCUGACGUGUACUCGCGGGAAAAUUUCGCGCGCUUUUUGGAAGAUGGACUACGACCUGAUGGACGGCCAUUGGGCCGAGCGCGCCGCACGAGCAUCGGCCUUGGUUCUAUUGCAACGGCGGAAGGCUCCUCAUUGGUCAAGAUUGGGAACACGACUAUGCUGGCAGGAGUGAAGCUGGAAGUUGCGGAACCAUCUCCAUCACAGCCAGAUGAGGGAUUCCUUGGAAGUCCCAGUGUUAGUGAGAAUGCCCUUAGGGCUGUGCAGUAUGACUCCAUGGGGAAAGGGGAAGAGGGAGGGGGAGGACCGGGAGGAGGGAGGGGGCGGGGAGGAGGGUGGGUUGAGGAAGAGGAAGAGGACGGGUGGGGAGGAGGAAGGAGGGAGGAGGAGGGGGAAGGGGAAGGGAGGAGGAGAGGGAGAGGGAUGGGAGGAGGAGAGGGAUGUAGGGAGGAUGCAGGUGGGGUCAAUAAGAAAGAGUUGUGCAUUAUACCAAGAAAAGCUGUCUGGAAGGCAUUCUUGGAUGUUUAUUGUCUGGAUGCCGACGGCUCUCUUUUUGACGCAGCGCUGCUGGCGGCAGUCUCUGCACUCAGCGAUGGCAUUGUCGACGAGGAUGGGACUGUCUGCUUUCGCAAAACAAGCAAUGGCAACGACUCUCAGUGCUCUCGACUUCCAAACAGGAAGGCAGCAGGCUCUCAGUCUAGGGCUGAGAACUUAACCAAAGUUGGAAUUUUCUCAUCUUCGGAUUCUUCGCCCCCCAUGAGCAAGUCUGAGAUGUCAAGUUAUGUCCUUGGUAAUCGUGGGGCGUGCAUUUCACCAACGAGAGAUCACAUCUGGACCGUCGGAGACACACUUCAGGCCGACGAGUGGGAAGGCGGUCGCAGCAGCUAUCAGAGAACACUUGAGAGCAAGAGGUUGUUGAGUCUCGGUGCAGUCCCGUUUGCAUUGUCGUUGGCGAUCUUUGGACGCCGCCACGGCAGCCGAAAUCAAUCUGCGGCGGAUUCCGCAGUUGCCACUGCCGCCGCAAACAUUGCGAACAUUUGUGCGGACCCCUGCCGUGCAGAGGAGGAACUUGCCGAUGCCAUUGUGACGGUGGCACUGGAUCAGCAUGGUCAGCUUGUAUCGAUGUUCAAGGCUGGGGGCCUCUCCAUCUCCACUGCCAUAAUCCAGGAUUGCAUCGAGGCGACAAAGUUGAGAGUGAAAAAACUGCGUAGUCUGCUCUGCAAAGCUGUAGACAAGGGUGCCACUUCUGACGCACAGGAGCCUGUGAAGAUGGAGGAAAUGUGACUUCAACAAGCAUGACCGGAAAGCCUCAACGACGGCACGCCGGACAUACGAAGCAUAGAAGAUGGAAUGAUGAUACAGUCCGAUUGUCAAAGGUUAAAAAAAAAAAAGAAGAAGAAAAUGGAGAGUUCAAUAAUAUGAAUAGAAAGGCUACGCAGCAGCGUAGGUUCUGCGAGUUAUCACUACGCAGCAGCGUAGGUUCUGCGAGUUAUCAGUUGUUCAGAUUCUCAUCACUGGUCAACUCUUCAUAAAUCUGGUCACCUCUUUAGGAAGAAUUGGAGACU